UUAGAAGUCACAGAUAUUUGUUCAGUAUAAAUCUAAACGCGAGAAAGUGAAUAUAGAAAAUGGAAUCAUCCUCUACUGAUCAAGAAGCGCUGACGAAUGCAUUGGUGCAGCUUCAGCAGCAGCUGCAGCUGGUGCCGGAGCAGCAGGCGUCGCUGCACCAGCAAUUUAUCCUGCACCAGCAGCAGCAGCAGCAGCAGCAGCCGCAGCCGCAACAACAACCGCAGCUGCAGCCGCAACAACAGCAGCUGCCGCAACAUCAGCCGCAAGGCAAUAAUAAACCUAAGCGCAAAAGAGGUACUGCGGCUGGAAUGCGGCGCCGCUACCCCGGCAAAUGGCCGCGUGACGGGAGCGGCGGCGGCCCCAAUAAAUAUUAUUUAUUAGGUAUCCAAUAA